GCCCCCACACCGUCCUCAGCCUCUUCUUUUGGGACAAGCUCAGGAACAUGGUUCAGCACUAGCAGCCCCCAGGGCUGCAGGACAGACUCCUGCCGCCACCACGAUGUUAAUAAAGAGGGGCAGCUGGAGUUCAUCUUGCCUGGCCGGGGCUCCAGCUGCCCUGGCUUGCCCCAAUAAUGAUUUACUAGCCGGGGGGGCCACUCCCCGCCUCCGCCCCGCGGACCUUGGAGCCGGGGCCUGGCUACACUGUGGCUCCUCUCUAUCGAAAAUGUUUUCCCUGGGGUCCUGGCUCCCGGAGUUGCCCGGGCUGGCGUGGGGCUGGGCACUGCUGGAUGCGCUGCUGCAAGGGCUGGUGGGUGCCUGCGCCGUCUCGGUGCUCUGCAGCCUCCUGAAGGUUUAUCUCUACAUCCAGUGUGCGAACAACCCCGAGAGGCAGGCGGAGAAGGAGGCGAUGGCGGCGCGGCGGCCGCUGCUGGAGCCGCUGCACGUGCUGGUGCUGACCGCCGUCCUGGCCCUGGUGGGCUCCCGCGUGGCCGCGCUGGUGGUGCUGGAGUUCUCCCUGCGCGCCGUCUCCACCACCCUCUCCCUCGGCAAGGGCGCGCACAGCAGCCAGCUCUACCUGCUGUGCCAGUACUCGCUGGGCUGCGGGAUGUCCUGCGGCCUCACCUUCCUGCUGGAGGGGGCUCCGCACCGCAGCUGCAACCUGGCGCUGGCGGCGGGGCUGGCGGGGCUGCUGGCGCUGCACGCCCGGCGCCUGGCCCGGCACGUCUGCGCCCUGUACGAGCUGCACAGCCGGCAGCGCUACUGCGGCGUCUGCAUCCUGCUGCUGGCCGCGGGGCACGGCAUCCCGCGCCUGCUGCGCAGCGCCCUGGGCCUCGCCUUCGCCGUGGCCGACCUGGCCGCCGUGCAGCUCAUCAACCGCGACUUCCUCUCCACGGGCGAGGCCGUGCGCUUCUGGACCCCGCUGGGCAUCUGCUACACCCUGCUGGUGGUCUACAUGCAGGAGGAGUCCCGGCACAGCACGGGCAGGGGGCCGGCGUUCCGGACCAUCGUGGUGCGGAUGGGCGGCCUCUUCAUCCUCCUCCUCACCGUGGGCCGAUGGACGGACAUCCUGCACGUCUUCGUGUCGCUGCUGGGGGAGCUCUGGUGCCUGCUGCGCUCCGGGGUGCUGCUGGAGUCCUGCUGCAGGCAGGAUUCUGCCCAGCAGCCCGGCGCGGCCACUCUGUCGGGAUCCGGAUCGGGGGAGACGUCCCGAUGAGGCGCGGGGUGGAACCCGACAGCAGAAACUCAGGGUGGCCUCGCUGGGCACCCCAGAGUCCCCCAGCACACAUCCCCCAUGGGGACCAUGGAAAAGGGCUCCUGGAAGGCGUCCAGCCCCAUCCUGUGGGGUGGAGG